AUGGUGCUCUGGCUGAAACAAUACAAGCCAGGGUUGCCCAGCAGUGCCAUAGACCCUGAUAAUGCUCCUUCUAUAGCCAUAUUAGCAGAAGCUUUUUCUGAAGAAGACCUGUGCCUGGGAGACUUACUGAGGACUUAUGCCCUGGAGUCAGCCUCUCAGAUAGCACUAAGGGACAGUUCCAGAGAGGUGUGGUUUCUUGAGGCGGGACUUUUGGUUCUAGAGACCUUGAGUUCCCAGGUUUCCAUCUUUACUAUCCCUGUGUUUUGUUUUGUGUUGGCAUUUUGUUUUGUGUUGGCUCUUUCCUUAAGUUCCACAGCACCCGUUCUUCAGCCCCAUCCUGCUGAGCUGGUCUUGGCAAGUGGCGCCCAACAUGGGGCAGGGAAACAGGCAGGUGAAGAACGAAGAACUGUGACUACAGCAGGAAUUUUUAUUCAUUGUAAGUGCUGUGGAGCCCUGAGAAGAAGGGAGGAAUUUUGCAUGGCCACGCUGAAGAAAUCGUGUGGAUGUGUUCCUUCUCUCAGGAUCUGCCUCUCAGAAUCUCUGUCAAGACAUUCAGCAUCUGGAGUGCUCAAGGAUAGCAACUUUGUAGCUUACCUUCCUGAUCAUUCACAUCUAUAAAGUGAGUCACUUAUAAUUUUCUCUGGAUACUUGACAGGGACUUUCCCUAGUUUGCCCUAAUCUCUGAUCAACAUAUCCUUUUUGCAAGUAUUUUUAUAUUGAGAAAAAUUGAGAUAUGACAACCCAGAAGACUGAGAUCACACUGAGAUGUCAUGACACCAACCUAGAUGACUAAAGAUUCCCCCAAAGAAAGAAGAAUGCAUAUUUGCCCUCAACCCUUACUCUUUUUUUCUCCUUUUUACUGUAAAUCUCCCCAGAAUUCUUCCCAAUGGAGGACACAGUCUUGAGGGCAUUAGCCUGCCAUAGCCUCCUUUACCUGGAAAAACAAUAAAAGCUAUUUUUUUCUCCUUUAA